CAGCAAUAUAAGGAAGAAUUCCCUCAGACGAUGAAAGAGGUCAAGGAGGAAUUUGAAGCUCUAGAAAAGAAAAAAUCUGCCCCAGUGAAUAAGAAGCGCAAAGGAACUUCUAAGGGAAAAGAGAUUGUUCUUCGUGAAGAUUAUGAAGAAGAUGAAGAAGAAGUGGAAGAAGAAUCAAUAUCUUCCUCUGCCUUUUUCAUAAAGAAGAGAGGUAAUGACAUAAUGAUUGCUGAUGGAGAAAUGGAAGUGAAGGAAGAAGAAAAACCUGUGAUUGAUCCCAAACAAAAGCCCCAUGAGCACAAACUGAAUGUGAGGCAAACUGCGCAAAUGCUGAUGCGCUUUUUGAAGGGAAUUUCAUCUGAUAAACCUAUUAAUAGGGAAAAGCAACAGGCUAUCACAGAGUUAGGGUUCGGGUCUUUUCUAAACCUUGACAUACCACCAAAUGUAAAUCCAUUCCCGUACGAGUUGCUUUCCCAUUUCAACUCUUCAACCCGGGCCCUAGACUUACAAAAAUCUUCCUUGCAUAUUACAAUAGGGGACAUAUACCUUGUGUAUGGUAUCCCUAUUGGAGGAGACCAGGUGAUUGAAUUGACAGAUGAAACAGAUCCAGCGGUGAAGAAAGUAUUUUCAGAUUUUUGGAAAUAUUGGGAUGUGCAAUCUGGAUGCCCAAAGUUGGUGAAAAUGAUAGAAACAUUGAUCAAAGAAACCACCAAAGUUGAUGAUAACUGGAAGAGAUCUUUCCUCGUGGUUGUUGUUAACACAAUGAUCAAAUCCACUACCAACAUUUAGCCAAACUUCAAAUUCCUUGCUAGCACGGUUAAUCUGAAUCGAGUAAGGAAUCUGAAUUGGUGCCAUUAUGCCUAUACCAGUCUUUUGACGGCAGCUAAAUACUGGAAUGAGGACCGAAGCAGAUGGUUUGCUGGUCCGCUACCAUUUUUAAUGGUGUGUUAUUUUGAUCGAGUGCAAAUUGAAAAAGAAUAUCCUCCAAGGAGCUUCCCCAUCAUUAGAUGCUGGUCAAGACAAAUGAUAAGCAGCAGGGUUAAGCAUGAUAAUGAGUGUGGCUUUGGACAUGGUAUCAUUCUUGACAGAAUCGAAAGCCCACCAGAGCUAAUACAGUAUAGGAGAGAUAUUCUUUUGGAAAAAGAACAAGAAGAACCACCACAAGAAGAACAAGAACAAGAACAACCACAACCACCACCACCACAACAAGAAGAACCACAACCACCACCACCAGAACAAGAAGAAGUACCACCACCACCACAACAAGAACAAGAACAACCACAACCACCAACAACAGAACAAGAACAAGUACCACCACCACCACCACUACAACAAAAACAACAAUAGCAGCAAAAACAACAACAGGCACAUCAAAGUUCACCGGUGACUGAACUCGGUGAAGAUCAGGAGAUACCAGAGCAACAAACACACUCCAACCCCGAGGAAGUCAAACUACCCUCGACAGUUGAGGAGUUUCAUCAGGAGUUCUUGAAGACCACAGCUGAAUUAAGUGGUGUGAUGAACAAAUUCAACAACCUCUUGUCGUUGUCGAAGAAGUUCUUUGACACGACUGUUGAUGUAAAAGAAACAAUGUCAUUUAAUAUGGCAGAGAUGUGGUCCAAGUGUUCAGAAACACAACUUCCAACCGUGUUUGAUAACGCCAAGAAUGCAUCGAAUGAGGAGAGAAAAGAUUCACAGGAGAUCGGUUCCAUUCUGAGUCAAGACAAAGAGUUUUUCAGCUCGGACUACUUCUCCAUUUUAUUUGAUGAUGCAGUCAAGAAAGCGACUAGAGGGAAGAAAAAAGAAACUAUUACGGAAAAAGAAACAGAGGAACCUAUAUCAGAGGAGCCUCUAUCAGAGGAAAGUCUACCAGAAUUACCUCCAUUUCUCACACCUCCCACUAUGUACUCUGAAAAUGAUGGGGUUAAUGAUUUGACUUUGAAGCUUGGACUACCGUCCAUUUCAGAAAUUACCCCUACACAUGACUAUGAAGAGGAGAUGAGGAUCCAAGCACUCUUGAUGAACAACUCUUUAACAGAACGUGACCUUCAAACGAUUUCAGGGGAGAAGGAAGAUUAUUCAGAAAAAGAACAGCAGUCUCCACCGAAAACCGAGUAUGCGUUCUUUUAAACACAGUCACCUUACACAUGUAUAGAAAAAAUGAGACUUUUUCUUUCAAUUUUAACUAUAUUCCUUCAUUAUUGAUGCAUUAUUCUUUCUUCUAU